AAGGCAAAGGGCAUGCCCGUCUCUCACUUUUCUUUUCUUCCCAUGCGGUUUUAAGAAUAUGUUGGAUGCUUCCAAAGCUCAGAGCCUCCUCUCGGAGGUUUCCUUUGAGGGCCUGCCUCAUGGCGAGGCUCCAGAUCCUCUCUUCUCUGGUCUCUUAUUCAGUUUGAGCUUUACACGUGCCGGACGGCUAGCUACCGGAGGAACAAGCAGAUCCCGAAUACAACUUUCAUCUUGGAAACUAGAAGUCUAGAAGAUCGUAAAUGGAGAAGGGCAGUAUCUUGAUGCAAAAGUAUGAACUCGGCCGGCUCCUUGGCCAAGGCACAUUUGCUAAAGUCUACCAUGCAAGAAACAUCGCCACCAAACAAAGUGUUGCCAUCAAGGUGAUCGACAAGGUUAAGGUACUGAAAGUGGGUAUGAUCGACCAGAUCAAACGCGAGAUCUCGAUCAUGAAGCUGGUUCGCCAUCCAAACGUAGUCCAGCUCUAUGAGGUCAUGGCCAGCAAGACAAAAAUAUACUUUGUCAUGGAGUACCUGAAAGGAGGGGAGCUGUUCAACAAGGUGGCCAGAGGCAGGCUGAAGGAAGAUCAAGCAAGAAGUUACUUCCAGCAGCUUGUUGGAGCAGUAGAUUUCUGCCACAGUCGUGGCGUCUACCACCGCGACCUUAAGCCGGAAAACCUCCUCGUCGAUGAUAAUGGUAACCUUAAGGUGUCAGACUUCGGCCUAAGCGCGCUGACCGACGGCCAAAGUUCCGGUGGGCUGCUUCACACGACCUGCGGGACACCAGCAUAUGUUGCGCCGGAGAUCAUCAACAAGAAGGCGUACGAUGGGUCCAAGGCCGACAUAUGGUCGGCCGGCGUGGUGCUUUUCGUUCUACUGGCAGGCUAUCUGCCUUUUCAUGAUCUCAACCUCAUGGAGAUGUACAGGAAGAUCAGCAAAGGGGAUUUCAGGUGCCCACAUUGGUUCUCCCCAGAAGUCAGGAAGCUUUUAAUCCGAGUCCUCGAUCCAAAUCCAAGCACCAGGAUCACCAUAGCUGGGAUCAUGAAGAAUUCAUGGUUCGAACAGGGAUACCAGCCAAUCCGUGCCCCUGCUCUUGGCAACGACAGCAGCCCCGGUGACGUAGACGCAGCCUUUACAUCGGACCCUGAGGCCGAGAGUUCCGAGAAACUAGUUAUAAAACCAAGCUGCAUGAACGCGUUUGACAUCAUAUCACUGUCGCCGGGAUUCAAUCUCUCCGGUCUGUUUGAGAAGGAGACUAACGUGCGGAAGCAUGAAGCAAGGUUCACGUCGCAAAAGCCGGCUUCUGCCAUUGCGUCGAAGCUGGAGGAGAUUGCCCAGACGGAGAGCUUCAAGGUGAAGAAGAAGAAUGGGAUGGUGAAGAUGCAGGGGAGCAAGGGAGGGAGGAAGGGUUGCUUAUCUAUAAAUGCCGAGAUCUUUGAGGUCACUCCCUCCUUCUGCAUGGUGGAGGUCAAGAAAUUGGCGGGAGACACCUUCGAGUAUCAACAGUUUUGUGAUCGUGGUCUCAAGCCAAAUCUCAAGGACGUGGUGUGGACAUGGCAAGGAGACCAAUCUCACCAUCAUCAAAGUACAGAAACGCAGACCCAAGAAGUUUAAUUGCGUCUGUUCAUAAUUCUUCUUCUUCCACACUGACCUUUUCUGAUUUGUACAAUUACUGCUCAACAUGUAAAAUGGAUGCUUAAUCCUAUUUAAUAAGUA